AUGCAAUCUGCGAAUAUUUUGAUCAUUGUCGCCUGCCUCGUCGGCGCGGUGAGGGCAGCCAGCGACAACAGCACAGUCGGUGUCGAAGCGCCGACAAUAGUCUCCAUAGUAUUCAAAUACGACCCAAACAAAGCCGCAGCAAUCGCGGCAGGCGUAUUGUACUCCGUCGCCAGCCUAUGCCUGUUCACGCGCUUAUUCAUGAACAAGGCAUGGUGGGGACUUCACCUCCCUAUAGCCUCAACCUUGAUGUCCGUUGGUCUUUUUAUGCGUAUACCCAUGGCGACGAACCCAAAUUCUCUCUCGAUUUUCUUGGUCCAAGCAUUCUUCACCUUGUUACCGCCUGCCGCAUACCUCGCCUUCAAUUACAUCCUUUAUAGGCGUUUCUUCGUGAACUGUGUGGACAGACGCUACUCUUGGAUAAAACCAGAGAAAGCUAUCCGGUGCAUCGUUAUCAGCGAUAUCGCGACAGCCUCCAUACAGGGUGCAGGUGGCGGUCUAGAAGCGUCGACAAAUACGACAAGUGCAAAGUUGGGCGCGGACAUAGUGCUCGUCGGAUUAAUCCUUCAGACAGUCUCAUUUGCGUUUUUCAUGAUCCUGGUUGUGCAUGUAUGGCAUGGUAUCAAUCGAGACGGUCUUCUGUUCCGCAAGGAGCCAUGGAGGAAAAUUCUUUGGAUAUUGAUGUUUUCUUCAACAGCCUACAUGAUUCGCUAUAUCUAUCGUGUCAUUGAGUUUGGUCAAGGCAAUGACGGCUAUCUCAUCACAUGA